AACUUAAAAACAACAGCUGUCAAUCUAAUAUUACAAGUCAAAUAUUACAAAGCCUAUGAUGAAGCUUUACCAUAUUUUACUAAUUUAUUAUUUAAUAUUGUUGCAUGCAGUAUGGGGCGAAGACACCAUAGCCGAAAUGCAAGAUACAAAAGCAAAACCGGUCGCCCAACAGGCGACAAAUAUCGCACAAAAAGCCGCCGAGGACGCUAAAGCUGCUCAAGACGCAAUGCAACAGGCCGGCCAGCAGGCUGCACGUCAAGUUAAAAACCAAUUGGCAGAUAAAGCUGUCGGUGCGGCCAAAGCUGCUCAAGCUGCACUCGCAGGCAAGGAAGAGUUAGUACAAAAGCUCCAAGACCAACUUAAAGAAGCUGAAGUGGUGGUAAAUGAAGAAUCACAAAACUUGCAGCAGCUACAGCAAACAGUCCAGGCAGCAACAAAAGCUGCACAACAAGCCCAAACCGAGUUGAAACUGUUGCAGACCACGUUGCAGCUUGCACAAGGGAACGCUGCUAACUCUCAACAAGCUCUGGAAGGUACUCAAGUUCAGUUGACUGAUAAAGAAGAGCUGGUAGAAGCUGCCAAAACCCGCGUAGAACAGCUAAACAAGGAUCUGCGUGCAGCUAAAGUUGAAUUAGCCAAAACCAAAGAUGCUGCCAAGAAAGCUGAGCAGUCAGCUGUAGAUGCUAAACAAGCUGCUCAAAGGACCAAAAGAAGAAUUAGACGAGCUUUAUUCGAAGCCAUACGGCGCAAACGAAAGUGAUUUAUACUUUAUUAAUUUCAUGUAAUUGAAUUUUACAUAAAACUAUUGAAUUAA